CGCCCUUUAAGGCCGCCCCGCCCCGCCGGGCCUCAAAAUGGCGGCGCGGCUGCUCAGCGCCCGCGCGCUGCUGCGGGGCGCCGCUCCCCGCGCCUUCUCCGCGCAGGCCAGUCCCCUGCAAACUGAACAGCAUGGCACGAAGCGCCCAGAGCCAUCUUCUGCUAAAAGCUUGGUUGAUAUAGGUACUCGGAGGAUCUUCUCUUCAGAUCAUGAUAUCUUCAGGGAGAGUGCCAGGAAGUUCUUUCAGGAAGAAGUGCUUCCUUUUCAUGCAGAAUGGGAGAAGGAUGGCCAGGUGAGCAGGGAGCUCUGGCAGAAGGCUGGACAACAGGGUUUGCUGGGUGUUGCUAUUGCUGAAAAACAUGGAGGCAUCGGGGCAGAUAUUCUCUCUUCAGCUGUGGUCUGGGAGGAGCAGAUGUAUGUUAACUGUACUGGCCCAGGAUUCAGCCUUCAUUCAGACAUAGUCAUGCCCUACAUUGCAAACUAUGGCUCUGAAGAACAGAUUAAACGCUUUAUCCCUGACAUGGUUGCAGGCAAGUGUAUUGGAGCUAUAGCCAUGACAGAACCCGGGGCUGGCAGUGACUUGCAGGGAAUACGAACACAUGCAAAAAAGGAUGGAAGUGACUGGAUUCUUAAUGGGAGUAAGGUGUUUAUCACUAAUGGCUGGAUGUGCGAUGUAGUGAUCGUGGUUGCGGUUACAAACAGGGAAGCCCCAUCUCCUGCUCAUGGGAUCAGCCUUUUUCUGGUGGAAAAUGGAACAAAAGGUUUCAUCAAAGGACGCAAGCUGAACAAAAUCGGCCUGAAAGCUCAAGACACAGCAGAGCUGUUUUUUGAAGAUGUGCGCUUGCCCGCCAGUGCCUUGCUUGGAAAAGAGAACAAAGGCUUCUAUUAUCUGAUGGCAGAGCUCCCUCAGGAAAGACUGCUGAUUGCUGAUAUGGCUCUUGCUGGUUGUGAAUUCAUGUUUGAAGAAACAAGGAAUUAUGUGAAGCAAAGAAAAGCAUUUGGGAAGACAGUUGCACACUUGCAGACAGUACAGCACAAGCUGGCAGAAAUGAAAACACAGAUUUGUGUGGGCCGAGCUUUCAUGGACAACUGUUUGCAGCUGCAUGCGGAGAAACGCCUGGACUCUGCCACCGCUUCCAUGGCCAAGUACUGGUGUUCUGAUCUCCAAAACAGCGUAGCUACUCAGUGUGUGCAACUGCACGGAGGAUGGGGGUACAUGUGGGAGUAUCCAAUUGCAAAAGCUUUUGUUGAUGCCCGUGUUAAGCCCAUCUAUGGUGGUACCAAUGAAAUAAUGAAGGAGCUUAUUGCUAGAGACAUUGUCAGUGACAAGUAGGGCAGAUGCUCACUACUUGGGAGAGGCUUUCAGAAUCUUUUGGUAUUCAUGUAUGGCAUAAAAUCAGAUGUGGGACUGAAAAUGUGGUAUAUUGUAUUCUUUCAUGAAAGUGAUAGGAUUUUAAAGCCAGUGGGCUUAUAUGCAGGAGAUCUAAUAUUUAAUGAACUGAUAUUUAAUGAACGUUGAAUUUAACGAUUUGGACAACACAGUAAUUCUCUGGGUUCCUAAAGCUGUGGUAGUGAAAGGCAAUUUUUUCUUUUUCCUGGAAGUUAAUGGGUGACUUGGUCUUCAAGCCCUGGUGCUGCUCUCUUCAGCCCCGCUCGUGCUUCCCACAGUCACAUCUCUGCUGCAGAGGAGCUGCGUCCUGAACAAAUAAACGUUAAACGUUAAUGUAACUCUGAAAUUUCAUUUCCACUCGAUGAAUGCCCCUGUAUGCAAGCAGAACCUGGAACUUUGGCUGCAGUUCUAGUUUCCUGGGGGGAAGGAGUGCAUCCCUGACCCCUGCCUUUGCAUGUAACCCCCCAUGCCUUAUCGCAAUUACUUUGUUCAAAUAAGUGUAAUAAAGCACUUCUAUGCA